GAGAACCAGAGAGAGAGAGAGAACCAGGUCGGUGACAGCUGGCAGGCGCGAGAGGCGACACAGGACAAACGUGUGGCUCUCUCCCAUGCAGGCUCCACUACAGAACGUCGGUUACGUGACACGGACCGUAUUGGAGCGUCAACCCCCGUAUUCCUUUGCCGGGGGAACGGGGCAAGCAUGAUGAAGCUCGGGACUUUCGGUUUUUUAUCCCAAGCGACGACGAGAGGGGAAUAAAAGAACCGUCGCUUCCGCUGGGGGAUUCAUUCAUUGACUUGAUUUGCCAUCACAUGGGUUUAAUAAUGCGCGAGCUCACCCUCGCAUCGUGCAUGAUGGCGCGCGCCUCUUCCGUGCCGAUAUGGAGUUCUUUGAGUAGCUUUUAACCGGACGCAGCUCUUCCAGGUCCACCGACCGCCUCAUGUCCGAGGUGAGGGAGACCAGCCUUACUGUGACAUGAAGAAAUCGGGACUACACGGCCUCUUUUACUACUUACUAGUUCUCAAUUCGCCCUUUAUAAUUCGUGCAAAUGCAACAUUUACUGAAGUCCCUAGAGAUGUGAGUGUGGGGGAGGGAGAGGAUGUGGAGAUGCCGUGUGCCUUCAAGGCUGUCAGCUCAGCGCCCAUGUCUCUGGAGAUCCAGUGGUGGUAUCUGAAGGAGGAUGUGCCUAAAGAAUUGCCUCAUGAGCUACAGAUCAGUGCCCCGGCGAACAGAGCAAAGGUCGUUCCAAGGGAAGCUACAAAAAUAAGUACUGUGCGCGUUCAGGGAAAUGCCAUCUCCCACCGCCUCAGCCUGUCCAAGGUGAAGAAGGAAGAAGAAGGGUUGUACGAGUGCCGCGUGUCCGACCUGUGGGCCGAUGAGACUCAAGACUUUGCGGUUCACGCCAUGCUGCAUGUAACGCUGGGUGACGCCAUGGUGGCCGAGGAGGCUGUGUCGCACAUCCAGAACCGCUGGCCCCCGAGGAAUACCAACACAGGACUGGGAAGUGGCGGAGCAGGAAAGGGCACCUCCGCCCCUAGCCAGGUGAAGGCAGGGGGUCAGAGGUCAGGGCAGGAGAGGCACCGAGUUCCUCAGCAAGCGCAGCCCGACCUCUCGUCCACCACCACCACCAUCUCGGUGGCCAAGUCAUCGGCCUCAGCGCUCCUAGGGAACGCAGCCAUCCUCCGGCAGCAGCUAGGAGCUGGUUGUUGUGAAACGAUGAGGGCUACCAGGAGAUUAAGGCCUCUAUGGACAUCUGCCGAGCCACUGCACCAGCUGGAGAGGAAAACAACCUGAGUAACCAACUGGGUAAUGGCCCGGAGUCAAGGUGAGUAAUAGUGUUGGUGACUUUGUGGCAUUGUUACAGGGACUCCUGCAUCAGUGUUUGGUUUGAUCGAAUCUACAACGUCGGUUUCUUCUCAUCUUGAGCAGGGUUCCAGCCACUCCGUCACGCCCCUCACUAUGAGACUCUCGAGCUAGUAAUUUAGACACCCAUCGCAAGGCAAGAGGGGAAUGGCGACACUGUCUCCUUUGAAGCCCUGCACUCUUCCACCACAGACAAAGAUCCCAGAGUCCUGUUCCUUGUAGACCACAAGCCGGUCUGUUGUAGUGCUUGGGAAAUUGGCACCUUCUUGUGCAGCAAGGAAAAGGUGACGCAGCACAUCUUUCCUUGCCUGGACAGAGAUGACUCUGGUUAAAAGGACUGCCUCCCAAUUUGGUCUGUUCAGGGUUCGGUGUGUUCCAAGGAACCUUUUUGCUGCCCUCCAGAUCCAAGCAAUGGUCUUUACAUGCCUGGUUAUGGUUCUGAACCGUUUGAUGUCCACAAGGCUUUGGAUUGCUGACCCCGUGGGUGGUCUCUAUUGUUCUGCUUGGACAUUGUCCUUUCUCCAUCCCAACUUCACUUCUUGGGCCCUCAUCAGAGCAGCAACAAAGGCUUUGUUUUGCAGCUUGUUGAUGCUAUCUCUGGCAGAAGUAGCAAUUUAUUUUGCAGAUUUGAUUGGCCACAGGAACUCUGGACCAUUCUGCCACCCUGAGUCUUCGUCAUGAUUUUUGGGGCCGCCUCCUCUUGUGCUAAGGUCUGCAAUGUUCUGCGGACCAGGGAUCCACCACCAGUCUUGGACUUGUAAGUUGCUUUGGAUUUCUCCAAUCCGAUUUGCGAAGAAACUCUGAUAGCCAUAGCUCUCUCUUUGGAUUGCGCCAAGGACGGUCUGGCUGUCAACAAAAUGGAACCACUUCUCAACUUUGAUUUGGCUGUGCCUCUCAAAGUACCUCUUCAGGCAGGAAGCGAACACUGCUCCACGUACCUCAGCUUUCACAGCAUCACCUUUCUGAUCCAAAGGGGUCAGUUUGGCUUUGGACUCCACCAACCUGAUGAUGGGGCUUUGGUCCGAGCUCCACCUCAGGUACAUCACCACUCCAUAGGCAUGCUCGCUCCCAUCUGAGAAUGUAAUUGCCCACGACUCGCCGGUGUAGCAUGACGGAGAUAGAGCCCUGGUGAAUUUGACUUUGCCAAGCUGGAUAUAUUGUUCAAAAAGCUCAAUUGCAUCUUCCCUGAGCCCUUCUGAGAGCACUGUGUCCCAUGUGUCUUUAACUGGGCAACUUUUGCUUUUGGCUUCUUGGAAAGCUCGGCGCACCAGGAUGGCUCCUUUCUGCUUCGCAGGCAUCAAAUCAUACACAAUAAUUAUUUACACAACUGAAAAAAGUCAGCCCUCAAACUCAGUUAAUUUGCCAACGAAAAUAAAUUAGUUUUUAGACGAGAUUUAAAAACAGCAAGAGCCUCAGCCAGUCUGAUGUGUAAAGGCAGGUUUUGCGUUUGGUCUUAGGGACAACCAGCAGUGCCUGGUCAGCUGACCGGAGUGAUCGACACGGAGUGUAUGGCACGAGCAGAUCGGACAGGUAUUGAGGGGCCCGGCCAUGUCGACCUUUAAAAACAAAUAAAAUAAUUUUCAAAACAGUGCGAAAGUGCACAGGAAGCCAAUGGAGGGAUCAGAGAAUGGGUGAGAUAUGGUCAAAUUUUCAAGUUCCAGUUAAAAGACGAGCAGCUGCAUUCUGGACUAGUUGUAAUUGUGCCAUAAGUGAUUUACUAAAACCAGAAAACAGUGCAUUGCAAUAAUCUAAGCGAGUGGUAAUGAAAGCAUGGAUUCAAAUUUCAAAAUCAUGACAAGAUAAAAACGGUUUUACUUUGGCCAGUUCCCUCAGCUGGAAGAAGCUGGUCUUCGCCAAUGCACUAAUCUGGGCAUCAAGUUUUAAACAACCGUCCAACUUGACUCCUAGGUUAGUAACCACAGGGCUAAUGCCUCUGGUCAAACAACCUAGGUCAACAGGAACUGCAGUAGUUGAGUCACUAGGACCAAAUAACUAAGUCAUUUAAAUACAAAAAAUUCGUAGUCAUCCAUGCUUUCAUGUAAUCUAAACACUCUAAAAGGGUCUUUGACUGGCUUAGCGGCACAUACAUUUGGCAGUCGUCAGCAUAAAUAUGGAACAAAACAUAAUGACUUCUAAGGAUCGACCCAAGGGGAAGCAAGUACAUUGAAAAAAGUAGCGGCCCAAGGACAGACCCUUGAGGAACUCCGCACAACAGAGGAGCCGAAGAGGACAAAGCGUCAUUAAUCUGAACUGAAAAACUUCUGCCUUCCAAAUAGGACCUAAUCCAGGCUAAGGCCAACCCCUUAAUGCCCACAUAAUUUUCCAGAGACAAUAAAAUGUGAUGGUCGACUGUAUCAAAUGCAGCCGUAAGAUCAGUAUCACCACUGUCUGAAGCCAAAAGAAUAUCGUUAAAAACCCUCAGCAGAGCUGUCUCAGUGCUUUGGGCUGACUUAAACCCAGACAGGAAAAUUUCAGUUAUAUAUAAUUUUGGAAAGCAAUGGGAGCUUAGAGAUAUUUAGAUUAUAUUAAAUAUUAGAUAUUUAGCCGAUAAUUAGAGAGUUCAAGUCGGUCUUCUUUAACAAAGGUUGGACAACUGCGUGUUUAAAACUUAUAAACAAUAUCUAGUAUGCAAGGAGCCACUGCAGGAAAAACCUCUUCAAAAAGACAAGGGGGAAUCACAUCAUUUGGGAAGCCAGUAAUCUUCAUUUGACCAAUAGUCUUUUCUAAAAGAGGCAAGUUAACAGGCUCAAACUGGUUCAAAACAGCAGAACAGGUUACAAAAAUGCCAGGGUCAUACAAAGGUGCACCAGUAAGGGACCUAAUGCUCUCCACCUUGUAGAUAAAAAAAUUAAGAAACUCCUCGCACAAUUUGAUGGGUUCAACAGGUUUGAUGGUAUUAAAAAGAACCCUAGGAUUAUGACCAUUAGAAGAAAUAAUGUUAGAAAAAUGCUUAGUCUUUUCAGCUUUUACGAUUUGGGAGGACCAAGGUUCCCUGUUUGACUCUUGCUCUGUCACCUGGCCCAUCAUGAGACUCCUGCCUCCCACUUUGCCCAGAGAACAACCACGGCUUGAGCUGAAAUCCUCCAGCCUUGAGGAUGUCCUCCACAUUUGCGGUGAUGGCUCUCAGGCGGCCAUGGUCAUUUUGUGAUGUCAGAACAUCAUCGACAUAGCUGUCCUGCUGGAGUACCCGGCGCUCCUCCUCAAGGUGCAUGAACUGAGGGAGGUUGGAGGUCUCUCGCAUUGCAAGUUGUGCAAUGCAUCCUGCUGACUUGUCUCCAAUGUUCACCCUGGUGAUACCAUAUUCUCCCAGUUCCUCAUCCUUCAAGUCUCGCCACAGAAAUCUGUGGAGGUGCACUUCACGGUCCUCAAGCCAGACUUAUACAUCUUUUUGAUAUCACCCAAAGCAGCGUACACCCCACCUCGGAACUUCAGGAGGACUGCACGGAUCGGGUAGAGGACGCCUGGACCCUUCAUCAGCAUGUCAUUUAGGCUCACACCUCUGAAUAUCUGGCUGCUGUUCCAGACAAGCCUCACUGGUGUCGUGAUUGAGUGUGGAUUCGGAGCGAUGAGGUGACUGACGUACCAUACCGGCCCGGCACCAGGUGAUAAUCACUCCUUCGGAGAGCUUGAUUGCAGCCCCUCUAGUGACCAUGUCAUGGACCUGGGCGACAUAGGCAGCAUUCCAUUUAGGCUCUUUGGCAAGAUGUUUUUCUGUUCUGAGGAAUGUGACCUCAACAGCUCCCCUGUUGUUCGGGAGUGAAGCUGUGUCUUCCUUCCAAGGGUACUUGGCGUGCCCGUGUGGAUCCUUGCUGUGGCAGUCACCUGUGGCGUAUGUGAGCCGUCCCUCACUACCUCGAGCUCCCGUUCUUCAACAAGGGUCAUCUCUUUGCCACCUGGCUGGCAGUUUCCAGAUCGACAGCCCCCACACCUUAGAUCGCAGGCAGCGCCAAUACUGUCCCAUCUCCACCAUUCCAGGAAGUGUCGGCCGGUUGUGUAGGUGAUUGAUUCCUGGAUGUUGUGGCAGAUAUGACUGUAUGGUGGCUGCUGCUUUGGGAUCCUGGCAGGGAUUUUCUCAUACUUAAGUCCCACACACAGUGACUUCAGACUUGAGACUCGCCCUCGAAAGACUUCAGACUCGACUCGGACACGAGCACAGAGACUUGUGAGCAUCUCUGGCAGGUGGUUAAGCAUAGGCCUCUUUUUUAGUUGUGAGGUCUACUGCAGCAGUGCUCCUGCACUCUGACACUGCGACUUCCAGUGAUGUGAGCACUUCAUUUGCACCAAAGUUGGACCACAGCACGUUUUGAACAAGAUGUUUGAUUUCCUUCAACUUAGUUGUACUCACGCUGGCAGUCUUUGUCAGGUCAGCUUUUUGCUGUUCUGUUAACACGGCUUCUUCUCCAGUGUCCAGCUCAGCCUCUUUGUCAGCGAUGAGUUUGGCCUCCAAGUCAUCAUUGACUUCCCAGAUUUUUUCAGCUGCUUUACUGAGUGUAUUGAAACCAUUUUCAAGGUCUUGCCCAGACAGAUCCUCGUUGGUCCUGGACGAGAAAAUGCCCUCUUCGCCACCGUUCUCUCCAUCUUCAGUUCUUCGGCAGACUUCAGGGCUGGCUCUGCCAUCCUUCCCCUUUUAAUUGCUUAGCUUUCUUUUCCAGGUUACUCUGCUGAAAACUCCCGGUCUCUUGGUUGCCAGUAGGUGAUUUGGUAGGCGAUUUUCCUCUCCUCCCAGUCUCCUGGCCUUCGGACCUCAAGGUGUACAGCUCCUGGGCUCGGAUUUUCUUAUUCCAGUUCCUGGAUCCUGCGUUUUUUUUACAUCUGCUCAUGAAAAUGUCUUUGUCCUCACAGAAGGGGAAGAUCUCAGGAAAGCGAUUGUGCUUUAAAAAAGGACUUACAAAAUAAUCUGGUUACCGUUUGGCGUUCACAGUCCAACAGUGGGACCUUGGGAAAACUAUACAUACACUCUCAAACCCAGAUAAAUCUGUCAGGGAUUAUUACCAAUACAAUACAGUGUCAUUCAAAAGUAAUUACAGACACCAUACCAGCCGUUUGAAAGCACUGUCUGAAGUGUGCUUAUACCAUUCAGACACAAUAACACUACUAUGGAAGUGGCUGAGCUGACAAAUGAGCACAUUUGAAUUUGCUUUUAUUUUCACCUAGACCUUCCUUGAUCCACCAUUUCAAUCUUCUCUCCAAAGGGGAUUAAGGAAAAAUGAAUUUACCACAAAGUUGGAAUUAUUUGAAGCAUUCUAAAUGUAAAUGUAAAGAGUCGGACUAGGAAGCUUAAAUUUGAUUUGGAAGGAGGGAUGACAAAAUAGCAGCAUUACUUGCAUCAAAGGCAUUGAGUGAAUUUGUGUUUCCUCAUGCAGGAAUAUUGCGGUAGACACACAUUAUAGGGACAAAUAUGUGUCCCUUGCAGUAAAUCCAACCUUUGUGGACCUUGUGUUAAGAUCCAAAGAUGCUGACUCAACUGUGUGCUCUCUUUAAGUGUUUGCAAUAGGAAGGAUAAGUUAAUUUGUAUG